UAGUUGGUUUGCUGGAAAUGUGGAUUCAAAGACUAAUUCAGAGAUUAUUACGAUUUUUAGUGAUUGUGUCGAGCUGUUGUCGUCUCAGAGUCCAAAGGCUGAGUUGAACGAAAAGCACCAAACUGUUGCACAACUCUCAGGGAGCGAGUUUACUUUCCCCUAUGAGGCAACACAACAGAAACACAGACGUGCAUGUUGUUCAGCUGUCAUUCUGGAGGGAAAGGCCCCAGUCGAGUGGAGCAGGGGGGAUGGAGGAGAUGAGGAGGCCAGCUCCUUGAGCCCCAGCCCCGCUGCUCUGCCUCUGACCCACCCAGAGAGCAUCGGGCCCUGGCAGACCGAGAGCCUGCUGGCAGAGUCCUGGUCCACAAUGGGCGACAUGGACGCCGAGGACGCCAAGAGCCUCGACAGCAACGACGGGGCGGCUCUGGCCGGAGAGGAGAACCACUCCUCCAACUCCGACAUGGUUCACCUGGAGCGAGAGGAGGUCGAGAUGCUGGAGGAGGCGGUGGAGGAGAGAGCAAGGAGAGUGGAGGAAGAGGAGGAGGAUGAUGAGGAGCUGCAGACGAGUGUGUUGAGUGUUUUAGGUGGGGAGAGGGAGGAGCAGGACCUCCAGGCUCCAGAAACUCAGGAGCUCCUGGUGUCAGCCGAGGAGCCCCACGUGGAGAAGGAGCCCGCAGAGUUCAGGCAGGUGGUUCCCCCGAUGGCCCUGCCUCCUCUGCCUAUCGUCAGGCUCGAUCCCCCCUCGGCGACCACCACCCCGGUCCCUUCCACCACAAUCUCUGAAGUUGAGGAACUCCUUUCCCUUCGGGGGCUCCACCCUCCGUCCAUCCUCUCGCCACUGGCAGCAGAACCCCGGGUAGAAAGUCUCCAGCAACUCAAAUUCUCACAGAUCCCUCUUUCAGAGGAGGAGGAACAUUCAAGUAAAGAAGCAGCGUCAGAGAAGCCACAGGCCCCUGCUCCUGAGACCAAACCUCUGAGCUCCACGGAGCUGCUGUGUGGAGGAGCUGCUUUAGUGGCUGUUGUCGGAGUCAUGGCGUACGGAGCUGUGGCCUACUGCCGAAAAUAAAACCUCCCACCCUUUCACCACAGGCUCUGUUUUUAAAUAUAUUCACAAUCGAUUACUCCGCCUCACUCUCUGAAUUCUGGAUUUCACUCGUUGUAUUGUCAUUAUUAGUCACAUUCGAUUUUUCAGGUUCAUUUUGUGCUACCUCAGCUCCCAUCAGAGCUUAUGGCCUUUAUUUCUGUUUUUCUCAGAGGAAAUUAAAGCUGUAAAAUAAAAAAUAAAAAAUCAUGUACAAGCUGCAAUUUUAAAGAAUCCUGAAACAUGAAA